AUGAGCUCGAGUUUACAACAAUACUUCAAUGAGCAAUUCGCAAAAUGCUCUGCUGAAUCAAUUUUGGCACGUGAGAAUUUCAUGUCCUGGACAGCUCAUGCGUUAACCUUGAUCGCAUUUCCACUCAACUUCCUCUCACUUUUUUGUAUCAUUUUCAAAACUCCCGAAAAAAUGCGAUCUAUGCGAAAUAGUAUGUUAUAUUUUCAAUCCAUGUGAGUCAGCCAGUCUCGAAAAAAUUAUAAAUUCCAAGACUAAUUUCAGCUGUGCUUUUAAUGAUAUUUUAUUUUCAAUCUUUAUGUGCCCAUUCAUAUUUUACCCGUAUUGUGCUGGUUUCACAAUUGGACUUUUGAAUGAUCUAAAUGUGCCGGUCUCUGUGCAAUUUUGUUUCGGAGCUGGAGUUGUGACUUGUGAGUUGAAGCAAAGUUCGAUCUUCUCAACAAAAAAAAUAUAUAUUUUCAGCAACAGGCCUGGCAAUUCCAAUAGUUCUCGAAAGUCAACAUCACACUCUAGUCAAAAACUACCGACUCAGCGAUUUUUCUCGCAAAAUUUUCAUUGGAAUAAACAUCUCAAUGGCCUAUAUUCUAUUGUUCCCAAUGGUUCUUAUAGCUCCAGACCAAGACUGGGGAAGACUGGAAAUGCUCAAGAAGUUACCGUGUCCAGCAAUAGAAUUUUUCCAACAUGAUAUCUUUGUUCUCGCCAUUGACAACACCGCAAUGGCUGCUUUUAUGACAGUAGCCUGUCUUUUCGCAAUAUCUUCCGCGGUUUUUUUCACAAGUCAUUCAAUCUUCGAACUCACUAAAAAACGGGUGGAUAUUUCUACGGCGACUAGAAAACUUCAACAAAAAUAUUUCAUCAAAGUUUUUAUUCAAAUCGCUACCCCAGUUUUUAUUAUGAUUUUCCCACUAAUUUAUUUGAUUACGGCGAUGCGCAACAAUUAUUACAAUCAAGGUAAGAAAGAUCAAAGAAUUUUUCUUGCAAUUCAAUUGUAUUUUUCUAGCUGCCAAUAAUUUAUGCGUUCUAAUAAUCCUAUUCCAUGGUGUAAGUGCCACAACAAUCACAAUAUUUACCUACAAACCAUACCGAAGAUCAGUUCUCCGAUUAAUUUCUUGUGGCUAUUAUAGACCAGAUGAUCAAAGAAAACUAUUCAAAGUUUCACUAAAGCUAGAAAAGUUACAAAUAUAA